UCUAGUGAGCAAAACAGUUGUUUUGCGUAAGUUCACGAUGCUGAAACGAGAUAUUUGUGUGAUCAAAUCAAUUUUUGUAGCAGCCUCAUAUCUAGGAACAUUUCCUUUAGAGCACAAAACAAUUCAAAGGAGAGUCUUAAUAGCCAUAUUAACAAUAGUACAUAUGAUUGGAGCAAUUUGUAUAAUUAUGGACUAUAAACAUAUAUCAACUUCUAUGAAGUUUGAAGUUACCGAGAAGUUUUUGAUGGCUGUACAGAUGAUGGCCUUAUUCUUGUUCAAUGGGCACUGCUUGUAUGGAAGUAUAAAUGACAACUCCCUUUGGAAAAGUUUCUUCGAAAAUAUUGAAAAGAUAAAUAAGAGGUUUAAGCACAGUAUUAAAUUAGUAAAAGUAAUGUUCAAGUGGAUUUUGUUUGUACUGUUUUAUUCCUGUAUUUAUAUCAUCGCUGUAUGGCGUCGAAGAGCAGAAAUGUCCAAUUAUUUCUUAUUUUCUUCUGUCUAUUGGGUGAUGUUGCACCUAGAAAUGCUGCUUUUAACUUUAGUUACCUGCCAAUCAUCUAAUUUUUUAUCGAUUAGAUAUACGCAACUACAAAAAUUUCUUCUAGAAACUUUCUCCGCAGAUUCAAUUACUAUUGACGAAGAUUUAUCACAUUACGAAAACGUUCAAGAAAUAAAAUUAUAUAUUUUAACCAUACACAAAGCUGCAACUGACAUUAAUAGAGCAACUGGGAAAAUGGUUUUGACGCUUCUGAUAUUAACCUUUUUGAGUAUGCUCUCAAUUUUCAACUUACUCUUAUUUAUUUAUAAAACAAUGAAUUUUUGGCAUUUUUUACCGAGUAUUGGGAAAGUUUUGGAAAAUGUAUCACUAUUGGUAUUCUCUUUAGCCAUAAUACUAUCGUGUGACAAAGUUGAAAAAACCUCCAAAGAGCUAAUUAACACAUGCACCUAUAUAUACGCGUCAAAGGGAAGCGAGGAUGCAUUGAUGCUCUUAAAUUUAGCUAAGGAACUUCGACCUAAAUUUACCGCUGCAGGAUUUUUCGAGAUCAAUCAACGCCUGUUGCCAACUUUUUUAUCUAACUUGUCAACUUAUUUAAUUAUCAUCUUACAAUUUAAAUUUUCAGCUUUAUAAAUUAUUAAUAAACGACAAAUAAAUUUUGAA